UCAAAGGAGAAUCACCAUCAAGAUGACAAGAUCCCAACAAACUCCAUCCUUUUUUGCUAAGACCAAGCCAAGGAGUACACGCUACAAAGGGAGCUCUUCUUCUAAGGUCUCUACUAUUGGACGUGUCCUCCAUUCCUGAGUGAAUACAUGCUAAGCCCAUGUGUCACUCCCACGCUUGGAUCAUCCACAGUUUUCAGAGAAAUGAAGAUUUAGACAAUCUGUGAAGUGGGUCAACACCACAGCCCUCAAUCACCAUCAUCAUUAUAAUCUUUGAUGAGUUUUAAAGUGCGAGUCUUUUUCUUGAUUCUCUAUCGGUAUGCUUGAUCUGAUUGUGGGUGGGUUUUGACUUCAAUCUUGAUUUGAUUUUUGUGUUCUAUUGAUGAAUUUUAGAGGGUUUGUGUCAAAUUCAUUUAUAUAUUUGUCUUUUCCUUGGAGAUGGGUUUUUGAGGGUUUGAUUCAAAUGCUGAUAUGUAAAGAUUGCAAUCUUUGGAAAAUGGGUUUUUGUUGGUUUGAUUCAAAUGCUGAUAUGUAAAUUCUUGAGGGGAAGACCUAGUUGGAGUUUGGAUCUGCAGUUGACUCGGGGUUCUUUUGGAUUCAAAACCCUGAAAAAGGGUGUACUUUUUUAUGUGGGUUUGUUGUGGAAAACCCUAAACAGGCAUGUGGGACUUAGUCCUAUGGGCCUUCUAUCUAAAUUUUGAAUAUCUAGCUCAAGGGCUGUGUUGGUAUCUUUUGGAGGCUUUGGAAUUUUUCACAGAUGAAUUGCUAGCAUUUUGUUUGGUUUUUGCCUCAUUUGUUGAAGAAUACAUUGGGAGAAUCUUUUGUCAAAUCUUGAUUGCUUAGGUUCUUGAAAUAACUCAAAAUCCAGGCCAAAUUUGAAACCCUAGAAGAAGAAAUUAGAAACUGAAUUCAGAAAAAGUGAAUUGAGAGUGUUGUUGAAUUUUUGGAAACGGGGUAGUUAGAAGAAUCAGUUUCAGAUCAUAUUGAGGGUAUAUUUAUCAAUGGGUUCGUUUGAGAACACAGUUUAUUACUGCUGUGUGUCGAAGGGUAAUAGAAUUUUGUAUGCAUAUGGUGGUGGAGGCCAUGAGAUUGAGAAUUUGGCUGCCUUGUGCUUGGAAAGAGCUCCUCCCUUUCACAAAUGGUAUUUUCAGACCAUGGGCAAGAAAACUUUUGGAUUUUUGAUGGAAGAUGGGCAUGUUUAUUUUGCAAUUGUAGAUGAGGGUCUUGGAAACCCGGGAGUUCUACAGUUUCUAGAACACAUGAGAGAUGAAUUCAAGAAGGUAGCUAGAAAGGAUUCUAGGGGAAGUCCUUCAAGUUUUAACUCACUCCAUAUACAAGAUCAACUGGUGCCCAUUAUCCACCGCUUGAUCUCCUCAUUAGAGCAUGUUUCUCAGACUAGUAAUAAUUGGAUAGCCGAGUCUCCCUUGCCACAUCAUGUGGGUCUUUCUCCAUCACCAAGUGAUGCAAAUGGGCAAAUGGAAGCUGCCAGUUCUACAAAAGCCCCAUUGUUAGGAAAGUUUAGCAAGCAAGAGAAGAAGAAGAAGAUGAAGGAUCCUGUCAUUGCAAUGAGAGACAUUGAGUUGGAGGAGCACCGGAAGUCCACAGACAGAGGAAUCAAGAUAGAUUCGGGGAAUUCGGAUUCCAAUAGCCAAGGUGGUGUUGGUUCUUCAAUUUCAUUACAGAAGGAUUUGGGUUCAAUCAGGAUCAGGUCAGGCUCUCAAAGCAUCCGAAAGAAGUGGUGCCGCCACGUAAGGAUUGUUCUUGCAAUUGAUGCAGCUGUAUGCCUGAUACUGUUUGUGAUAUGGUUAGUAAUUUUCCAUCUCACAAAGAAGUAAUAUGCUUGAUACUGCAUGUGUGCAACAGACUUCUUGACAAGGUAAAUAUAUAUCUGAAGGUAUGUGCUUCAAAUUACACUGUCAGUAGCAUCAUAUUGUGGUUAUUCUGUACAGAAUCUUUUAUGUAUAUGUAUAUGAACGUGUUAGAGCUAGAGAAACAUUGAGUCCUACUUAUGGAGCCAUUUCACGCCACUUGGCAUGGUGAAAUACUAUAUUCCUCAGUUCUCAUUUCA